GGUUAGGCUCUGGAGUGGGAUUGGGGAGGAAAACCUGGCAGAAGAGCUUCUAGGAUCUGUCUGGCUGUCUCACUGUAGGCCCCCAAGCUCCGAUGUCUGUCUGGAGAGGGUUCCCUGGGGCCCCACUCAACAUUGACCGGCUUAAGAAUGCCAAGAUCCUGGUGCAGAGAGCCAUCAAGCAGAAGAAAGUCUUCAUGAUCCAGGGCCGCUACCCCGUGAUCCGAGGGAUCCUGCGCCGCCGGGGCUGGGUGGAGAAGAAGAUUCCCCAUUUAACAAUAGGGCCAACACUACCUCCUCCUAGGGAAUUGGACAAUCUUGGAUCUGGAGAUCAUGAAGUCCCUGAGGACUAGGAUGAAGAAGAUGAUGAUGACGAUCAACAGGCAGAUCUUGAAGAUUUAGAUGGCACUCAUGACCUUAUGUCCCGAAUGGUUCGAAAUGAAGUGCCCUAUUUCAUCUGGACCACCCGGAGGGAUGUGAUCGACUGCCGCUUUCUCUGCAAAGAGCAAAUGAUAAAUCACUAUGCUCGGGCAGGCUCCUUUACCACCAAGGUUGGCCUGUGCCUUAAUCUUCGGAAUCUACCCUGGUUUGAUGAGGCCAAUGCAGACUCCUUCUUCCCACGCUGCUACCGCCUAGGAGCUGAGGAUGAGAAACAGGCCUUCAUGGAGGACUUCUGGCUGACAGCUGCACGCAACGUUCUCAAGCUGGUGGUAAAGUCAUGGGUUCCCUAUCCAGAGGAGACCCUCCCCUGAGGUUCUUCAGGGAACAGACUUCGUAAAAAAGAAAUCAAGCAGGUGUCAUCAGAGCUGAUUGAAGAUGCUCUCCAGGCCUGUGAGGAACACCUCAGUAGUUUGGCCCAUGAGGAUAUCGAUAAGACCAUGGAGCCCCAAGGGUACUCGAACCAUGCUGACUGGACUUUUUUUCUCCAGCGCUACUACCAAGUGGUCCAUGAGGGGGCUGAGUUGAAGAAGGCCGAGUCUCAUAUCCAGCGUUGUGAAGACAUCCUUCAGCAGCUACGAGAAGUGGUGCCUCAAAUUGACAUGGAAGGAGACAGAAAUAUCUGGAUUGUGAAGCCUGGAGCCAAGUCCAGAGGUCGAGGUAUUGUAUGCAUGGACCACCUGGAAGAGAUGUUAAAGCUGGUGGAUUGUGACCCCAUGAUUGUGAAAGAUGGCAAGUGGGUGGUACAGAAGUAUAUUGAGCGACCCUUGCUCAUCUUUGGCACCAAGUUUGACUUGAGGCAAUGGUUCCUCGUGACUGACUGGAAUCCACUCACUGUCUGGUUCUAUCGAGACAGUUAUAUUCGAUUUUCCACCCAGCCCUUCUCCCUGAGGAACCUGGACAGUUCUGUGCAUCUCUGCAACAACUCCAUCCAGAAACACUUUGAAAACUCUAACAUUCGUCACCCCUUGCUGCCCCAUGACAACAUGUGGUGCAGCCAGAAGUUCCAGACUUACCUGAAGGAGGUAGGAGCACCUGAGGCUUGGGCAGAAGUCAUGGUUCCAGGCAUGAAGGCUGCAGUCAUCCAUACACUGCAGACUUCUCAGGACACUGUGCAAUCCCGAAAGGGCAGCUUUGAGCUGUAUGGGGCUGACUUUGUGUUUGGAGAAGAUUUCCAUCCUUGGCUGAUUGAGAUCAAUGCCAGCCCGACUAUGGCACCUUCUACAGCUGUCACCACCCGACUCUGUGCUGGGGUGCUGGCCGAUACAUUGCGUGUAGUCAUAGACCGUCGGCAAGACCGCAACUGUGACACUGGUGCCUUUGAACUUAUUUACAAGCAGGUGAGAUACUCGGGGUACUACAUCCAUUGUAAUCUUUCUUUCCUUGGGUCUCCUAAAGGGACAAGAAAUAGCAUCCAACUUGGGUUUCCUUCUUUUAAAAGUAACUUUCCAAACUUCUGAUGCCCUAAUCAACCUCUUGUGUGCAAGGGCAUGGUGUUAGGCUCAAGAGGAGGGGGUGGGGUGAGGCUAUAGGAAAGUAUGAUUGCCCCUGCCCUGCCCUCUGAUGGUUACUUGAGGAAAUGAGACUUUGUACACCCAGAAGAUUAAAAGGGCAUACCUGCCAGCUGCUAAAAGAUGAGCAAAAACAUUAACACUAGAAGGACCAGGUGUGUCAAUUGUUUUUUUUUAAUUGUUUUAAAAUAAUUUCACUAUACUUUC